GGUACAAAGGUGACGGCGGCGCAGCGCGCGCAGAUCAUGGCGCGGCUGGCGGAGAAGAAGGGCGUGACGCUGACGAACGAGGUGCUGCAGACCGCCGACGGGAUCGCAAACUUCGGCGACUCCAAGGACAAGGAGCGGUGCGUGGUGCUCAAGAACAUGUUUGACCGGCUGAGCGACGAUGUGACGGCCGACCCGGACGCCUUUUACAAGGAGCUCGCAAAUGACGUUCGCACCGAGGCGUCCAAGCUGGGCACGGUGGUGCACGUGGCGCCCGACCGCUGGUCCAACGGCUUCGUGUACAUCAAGAUGCUCGCGCACUCGGAGGCGGCGCGGCUCAAGCAGGCGAUGCACGGGCGCUACUUUGCGAAGAACCGGAUCGUGUGUGAGUAUGUGGAGGAGGCGGCCUACGACAAGAAGAACAAGAUCAAGGCGAUGAAGCCCUCCAUGAAGACGGUCUGGUGAGCGGCCACGGGCCUGAGGCGGCCUCUCAGGCGGGCGAAGAGCGGUGGGGUGGCGGCUCGGGGGAGGGGGCUGGCAGGGCCUCGCUUGGAGGGGAGGGAAGGGUAGAGAGAGAGGCUACUGUGGGUGCGCGUUCCCUCUCGGCGCGCCGCGCCUCAUGCGCCGUGCAAGCCGCUUCUUGCGAAAAGGGGCCCGUCAGAGGCGUC